AUGGCGAUCUCAGGCUUUCUGUUCAUCUCAUGGCGACUCUUUGAGAUCAUCAUGCUGCUCCCGCCCGUCGGCAUGCUCGCAUGGUUCAUCCACGGCUUCGUGGAGAACAACCAGCUCACGCCGAACUUCGUGCUCGUCCUAUUCAUCGUCGUCACACUGGCGUUAGUAUGGGCGUUCUUCACAACAAUCAGCUACCUGCGCGCACGUCACGACGCUUUGUUCGUCGCACUGGUCGAUCUGGGAUUCGUGGGCGCUUUGAUUGCGGGUGUCGUGGUGUUGCGACAAAUCACACAGACAAGCUGCAUGAACAACGAUUUCGCCAACUCGCCUCUGUGGGCCCAAUUGGGACCGUUCGGUCUUCCUGGAUACCAGACGGGCAAUGGUUAUGCCGCGGACAUCAACAAGAACUGUUCAAUGCUGAAAGCGAGCUUCGCGUUCGGCAUCCUCAACAUUCUAGCCUUCUUCCUCACCUUUGUAAGUCCCUGCCCACUGCGUCACGACGAUGCGCAAUUCGAUGCGAUCUUGACAGUUCGACUGACCUUUAUGUUCCUUCACAGUUGCUCGCUUUACUCGUACACCACCAUCACAAGGAUGACGACAAGGUAA